AUCAUCAUCAUCAUGAUUAUCGUCAUCAUCACCAUGAUCGUCAUCAUGAUCAUGAUCAUCAUUGGAAAUCAUUUCUUUCAUAUAUAUUUUUCAUCUAGUUUUGACUGGAUACUUUACUUUCAACCACACACUCACACACACACACACUCGCACACACAUACACACACAUACAGAUUGGCGCACAUGUACUCACAAUAGCCCAUUUAAAGAAGCUUUUUACAUAUCAUUCAUUCAUUCAUUCAACCAUUCAUCACUCGAUUCACUUCAUUCACUUUAUUUCCAUCAGAAUGAAAUGGAAUCUUUUUCAUAAGAAACAUUAUACUACUGAUAAUCAUUAUUCAUCCACCACUCGUACAAUAUAUGCUCAUCAUUAUAAGAAUUUCAGUGGUGAACCAUAUCAUCAUAAUUAUUGUAAUAAUCAUAUCCAUUCAACACAUUAUAAAUGGUAUAAUUUUUUUUAUAAAAAUCUCUAUGAACAAUUUCAUAAUGUAGCAAAUAUUUAUUUUUUAUUGAUUAUUAUUACUUAUUUUUUUGUGGAUGACAGUGGGUAUGCCUCAGUCACUAUUAUCCCAUUAAUUGUUAUCCUUAGUGUAACAAUGAUUAAAGAUGGUUUAGAUGAUUUAUUACGUUAUCAUUUUGAUCAACAAUUAAAUUCAAUUGAAUAUUAUGUAUUAACAAUUGAUUUUCAUCGAAAAUCAAUAAAUUGGAUCUUGAAAAAAUCUUCUUUAUUAUUAGUUGGUGAUGUAAUUUAUUGUCAAAAUAAUCAAUCAUUUCCAUGUGAUUUAUUAUUAUUAUAUUCAUCUAAUAAUAAUGGACAAGUUAAUAUUACUACAAUGAAUUUAGAUGGUGAAACAACCAUUAAACAAUAUUAUUCAUUAAUUCAAUAUCAAUCAAUUUAUUCACAAUAUUCAAAUAAUCAUUUAAUUGAAACACAUUUAAAACAAUUCAAUUUUCAAUUUAUCAUUGAACAAUUAUAUUUACAUGUGAUCUGUCAACAACCCAAUGAGAAUUUGAUGACCUUUCAAGGUCAUUAUGAAACCGCUCAACAUUUAAAUCAUCAUCAUGAUAAUGAUGGUGGUGGUGAUGAGGGUGAGGGUGAAGGUGAAGGUGGUAGUGGAACAUAUUUACCAUUGAAUAGGAAAAAUUUAGUAUUACGUGGAUCUAAAUUAAUAUCUACAGAUUAUAUAAUUGGUUUAGUUAUUUAUACUGGUAAAGAUACAAAAUUAUCAUUAAAUAGUAAAAAUUCACAAAGAAAAUAUAGUACACGUGAAAGAUUAUCUAAUAUUAUUUUAUUAAUGUUUAUGGUUGCCAUGGUAACUAUCACAUUUAUUGUUACUAUCAUAUCAACUAUAUGGAUAAAACAAAAUAUCAAUAAAAUAUGGUAUAUUACAUUUGAAUUAUUAACAAUAUGGCAAUUUAUUCGUAGUAUAUUUCGUUAUUUAUUUAUUAUUAAUUAUUUAAUACCAAUUUCGAUUAUAGUCACUACAGAAUUUCAACAAUUACUAUUAGCUUAUUUUAUAUCGAAUGAUAUUACUAUGUAUAAUUCAGUAGAGAAUAUUAAAAGUUAUGCAAAUAAUUCACAAUUAUCCGAUGAAUUAGGUCAGAUUGAAUUUUUAUUUUGUGAUAAAACUGGAACAUUAACACAAAAUUUAAUGAGAUUAAAAUCAUGUUGUUUAUUAUCUAAUGAACAAUUAUAUCAAUUUUAUAAGGAUCAGGAUCAGGAUCAGGAUGAUGAUCAUCAUAAUAAUACUACUGAAUUAACUACUUAUAAUGUGUUGAAUUCAUCUUUGAAAUUAUUAGAGAUGAAUGAAAAGUUUCGUGAAUUUUUAACUAUCAUAUCAUUAUGUCAUACUGUUGAAUUAAAAAAUCAUACUCAAAUGGUUAGUAAUAAUAAUAAUAAUGAUAAUAAUAAUGUACAAGAAUCAUCAAUGAAUACUGAUGAACCAUGUAGAUUUUAUGAAUAUGAAGCAACAUCACCUGAUGAGAAAGCAUUAGUUGAAGGUGCUUCAAAACUUGGUGUUGUAUUUUCAGGCAAAGAACCUGAUUUCAAUGAGACUGGUUCAUAUAAAUUGUAUAUUGAUUAUUGGUCAUAUUCAUCAACAGGAAUAAAAGAGUCAAAUAAUGAAAAGUUUAUUGAUCGUCAAUGUUAUAUUGUUGAUGCCGUAUUGGAAUUUGAUCCAACACGUAAAUGUAUGAGUGUUAUGGUACGUUAUCCUGAUGGAACGUGUUGUGUAUUGAGUAAAGGAGCAGAAACUGCAAUUUUAGACCCUGAGAGAUGCAGUACUACAUCUGGUUAUCUACGUUCACGUGCUAUUCAUUAUGUCAAUGAAUAUGCAAUUCAUGGUUUACGUACACUUGUAUUUGCUAAACGUAGAUUACAUAAAUCUAUUUAUAUGAAAUUACUAGAACAGUUCAAAUAUGCCUCUAGUCUAUGCGAUAAUGAACGUAUUCAUGCAUUAAAACAAUGUUAUAAUGAAAUUGAAUAUGAUAUGAUACCAAUAUAUGUUACUGGUAUAGAAGAUAAAUUACAACCUGGUGUAAAAAAUUGUAUAAAAGCUUUAAAAGAAGCUGGAAUACAAAUAUGGAUAUUAACCGGUGAUAAAGCUGAAACAGCAAUUACAGUAAGUCAAUCUAUUGGACAUUUUACAUUGAAUAUGUCAUUAAUAAGAAUAAUGAAUUGUCAAACAUUACAAUCAACAGCAUAUAAAAUUUAUGAACAAUUAGAUGCAUUAUAUUCAUAUCAUAAUGAUCAUAAACAAAAACCUAAUCAUCAUUCUAUAUUAACAAUGUCAAGAAUUAAAACAAUAAAUUAUAACAGAAAUUCAUUUCAUAUAUCCUCCUCCUCCUCCUCAUCAUCAUCAUCAUCAUCAUCAUCAUCCACUUCAAGACCAUCUUCAUAUAUGGAUGGACCAUACAAUAAUAAUACUAAUAGUAAUGGUAAUAGUAAUAAUAAUGAUGUUUAUUAUUAUGAUUCAAAUGAAUUCAUCUUCAAUAAGAAAGGUUGUAUAAUUAGUCGAUAUAUAAGACGAAAGCAUAAAAAGCAUCCUGGUAUGGCAAAUGAAUCAAUUGGUCUUGUUAUUGAUGGAAAAAGUUUACAAUAUGCAUUGCAUACCUCAGUACGUGAUGCAUUUCUAGAAUUAUGUAUGAAUGUUACAACAGUGUUAUGUUGUCGUAUGACACCACUACAAAAAGCAUCUAUUGUUAAAUUAGUUCAAAUUGGUUUGGCGAAACAUACACGUUAUGGUAUGAAACCAGUUAUAGCUGCAGUUGGUGAUGGUGGUAAUGAUGUAGCUAUGAUUUUACAAGCUAAUAUUGGUGUUGGAGUCUAUGGAAAAGAAGGUCGUGAAGCAGUUAGAGCCGCGGAUUAUUCAGUGACACAGUUCAGGUGAGUAGUCCUACUAAAGCUUCUGUAUAGUAUUUAAUGCUUAAAUUAAAGAAUUCUAAUAAUAUUGGAUACCAACUCAGAGAACUAAACGUUAAUUUCUUACUGAGAGCCAUUUAAGUCCUGGGUUCGAUCUCUAGCAGAGUAAUGGAUGGUCACUGAUUAGGAGUUCCAUACUAGGGAAAAAUGGAUGUUCAGCAACUCUGAUUUAAUUUAUGAUACCCCUAAUUGACAGUUGUAUAGGUAUAUUGGUUCUAAACACUGUUUGAUGGUCUCUGUGUAUAUGUGGCUUGUCUACCACCAACAUAUGUUCUUGAUUUCCUCUUCAACUGAAUGCUAGUUUGUAUUUUGUCACUGCAGGUUGUUGCCAAUGCUAUCCGGUCAAAAGACAUUGUGCAUCUUGCAUAGACAAUUGUUCAUAAGUACCUUUACAUUUUUGAUGAUAUUUAUGGAAGUAGAUCUCCAAGUUUCAGCUCUGAACAUUGUACUGACAUAAGUUACAAACUAUGGAUGAAGAUUUUUACAUGAAUCAAAUUGUUUAUUUUUGUACAAUUGUGGUGUACUACUGAUGUUGAUAGAUAUAAGUAGUAUGUAUCAUCAAUCGAAAGUGAAAUAUCUGGAGGCAGAAGGUUAAGAAGAUUGGAGAAAAGAGAAUGAUUGGUUUGGAAACGAAAGAACAAUAAAGUUUAAGACGAUUGACUGACGUUAUGCAAAUGAAGUAUUUACUGUAUGGUUCUCAGAUUUUACUAAGAGACUACAUUCUGGGUGAUAAUUUGGAGAUAUCUUUGAAAAGUGUCGGAGGUAUAAUUAACUUAAGUUGAUUUAAGGAAAUAUGGCACUUUAUAUUGAACACUAGUAAAUUCAAUUUGAUCCACGAUAUUGUGCGACCAUCUAACAUUGUCUUCAAUGAAUAAUUGCCCCACAACAGACAUGAUUGAACUCUACUGGAUCAAUUGAAAUUAGACAUUAACACUUUUGGAUACCGGUUCAGUGGUCUAGAGGUUAAGCGUUCACGCCCGAGAUCGAAGGUCCUGGGCUCGGGUACCGUGUGCAAGAUCGUGGAAGCACGCUGCUGAGCCCUAUGGUAGAAUAAACGUCCGUCUAGUGCUCUCAGGUCUUCAAUGGUGGUCUAAUUUUGAUUGGUUUAUAAUGUCAACGAAAUUCAACAGUCUCUACAACCUCAAACUGAAAACUCAUUAUCAUUUUUACGGGAAUUUUCAAGCUGCUAUGCACUCUGAAUAUGAAAUCACACUCUGCACAAAUGAGAGAGCAAACUAAAUAGUGCAAAAUUAACUAACAGUAAUUUAGGUGAUAAAUCUUUCAACUGGACGCUUAAGUCGUUUCCUUAAUCUCUUCUAAUAACCCCAGACUGAAUCUACAUGACAACUUGAACGCUAAAGAGAAAACGCAAAAUGUGAAAGGAACACUUUACUCCAGCGUUAGUUUAUUUAUAGAAAAUUGAGAGUAUUUAUAGCAUUUAAGAUGGUCUUGAAAUUCUGGAAGAUUCUAAAACCCUAUUGAACAUAAUAGUAGGAUAUGUAGUCAUCCAGUCGAAAAUGUGGCCCAUGAUCUCACUUCCUAGAUGUUUCUGAGAAACGUCUAUUCAAUACCGAUCAGAUGUAGGACCCCUCUGUGCUUAUUUUUCGAGGAAUAAUUCAGAUCUCCCCAACAUGAGGAAUACCAGAUCGUAUUACAAUAGUUCAUAGAUCCAUUGAAAGCUUACAAUAUAAAGAAUCUGGCAGUAAAAUUAUCUCAUUGUUAUGCGAUAAAAGUAUAGAUAAUAGCAAAAACUUUUAAAUAAGUAUCAAGAGUUAAACUUUAUUUGAUAUUUCCCCCUCCCCAACAAAAAAGGAUCACGAUCUUCAGAAUAAAUUAUUGCAACUGGAACUUGACUGGAACACUGAAAAAGCUUGCAUAUUAUUUGUAAGAUUAUUGAAACCAUUUAGAAUAGGCUUAGAGCAUUAAUCAAAUAAAAUCACUUCUGUAAAUCUCAUGUAAAACUUCAUCUGGAGCCCUUCUACGGUUAUUGUAGGUUUCAUGAAAGGAUAAAGAUAGAGAUUUGAACAUAGGAUUAGCACCGUCAUGCCACAGGAAGUGACCUUGUUAAAAAAAUGCUAAGAUGAAAAAAAUAAUUUAUUUUCACCAUUUAAAUUCUGCUCUGCGAUUUCAAGGAUCAUCAUCUAGAAGAAUAAUGAUGGUUUGUGGUGAAAGCUCAGAUUCGUUCUAUUUAAGACUCGUCAGCUGAAUAUAUCUGCAUCUCAGAAUUGUUGAUGUUCAUACUAAGACUCGAACCCAAUAUCUUUCGAUUCAAGUGCCAUAGCAUUAUCUACUUACCUACUGAGUUUUAAUAGUCACUUGCUUGUACAAUGGGAUGAAGUUUAAAUUCAUUUGGUAUUGUUUACUUGAUACUUCUCAUUGAUGCUUAAGAUUGCAAUUGAUCAGUCUCUAAUUGGUAUAUGUGCAUAUUGUAUGUAUUGCCUCGAUAUCCCCUUAAGUCACAAGAAUAGUAACCAAAGUAGGAUAGUGGUUAAAAGUGUAAUCCAGUUUGACGCACGUUUCGUCGUAACUGGCACUUAUCAGCUGAAUGUACCUGUCAUAUCUCGGAGUUGAUGUUCACUCUAGGACUCGAACUGAGUAUCGUUCACUUCAAACAUCAUUGCAUUAUCCAUCUAUAGCUACUGUUUCCUUAUAGUCACCUGCUUGUACAAUAAGAUGAAGUUUAACUUAUAUCUUCUUCUUAUUGUUUAAGAGAUUAUUAAAUUUCCAUUCAUAUCAUGAAUAGAUCAAUAUUAGACUACUAUAGAACAUUUGAAAGUAUUGAAUGUAUUUGUCAUAGAACCACUUCACAAUAUAUAUAUAUAUAUAUAUACAUGAUCUAUGAAUCCUAGUAAGCGUUACUAUCUAUAGAAAGAUAGAAACCCAGCAACCCCACCCUCCUACCACCCCCACCACCCCAUUUUAUUUCAUUCUCAUUAUUCUUUACCCUUCUUUUCUUUUCUUUUUUUCUUUUUUUUUAUAGACAUAUUCAACGAUUAUUUUUGUUACAUGGACAUUGGUCAUAUUAUCGUAUUACAAUAACUAUGUUAUUUUUUUAUCAUAAAUCUGUAGCAUUUGUAACUAAUCAAUUAUGUUUAAUUUAUUUUAAUGGUUAUUCAGAUAUUCCAUUAUUUGGUACCAUUUUAUUUAUUUGUUAUAAUUUAACAAUGACAUUUUUAGUUAGUUUAGGUUAUGGAAUGUUUGAACGUCAUAUUCAAGAAAAGAUUCUAUUGAAUAAACCAUAUUUAUAUAAAGAAAUAUCCCAUCAAGCAAAUUUAAGAGUAUGGUAUAUUCUUUUAUGGAUUCUAGAUGGUAUAUGGCAUGGUGUUGUAACAUUUUUUAUACCAUUCUUUUGCUUAGCUGGUGGUAAUUUAUAUGCUGAAGCUAUUUUCUAUGAAACUAAGAAUAAUUCAUAUAGAAUUUAUGAUUUUACAAUGAUUGGUAAUGCAUCAUUUGUUUAUUUAUGGAUUGCUGUAACAUUACGUUCAACAAUAUGGACAAGAGAUUUUAAUAUGAUGUUAAUUAUGUGUCAUAUUGGUACAACAUUAAAUGUUGUUAUUUUAUUUCUUUUUCAAACAUUUGUUCCUUCUACAAGUAAUGAAUAUCAAAGAUAUGCUCAAUUAUGUCGAAGUCCUGCAUUUUGGUUCACAUUCCCAUUAACUGUUUUUAUAGCCAAUAUUCCAGGAUUAAUUUGGCGUUUAGCCUCAGAUACAUGGUGGACUAUACGUAUUGAAUUGAAAAAUUUACCUAAAAAAAAUAAGCGUAAAUCUUAUUUGAAUAAUCCAUUAGUUUGGUUGAAAGCAUUCGUUUUUGGUCAAACAGAAGAAAAUGAAUCAAUCCUUCAGAAAAAUGAAAAUGAUAUAAACACUUUUAAAGAACAAAUAAAUCAUAGUUACCAGUCAUAAAACAUGUUAUUGUUACUAUGUGUAUCCCUCGGAUACAAAGAAUAAUUAGUUUAUCUUGUGAAUUUUUUGUAAAACAUGCAAACUGUUUCAUUUAGAGAAAAGAUUCAUAAUCUUCAUUUCAUUUUGUAACUAAGUAUUAUAAAUCUACUUUCAUUUCUUCAUAUAGUGCAAUGAUAUAAAGGUACAUUGUAAUAUAAAUUUCGGUCAAACUAUUUGCCUACUCAUUAGUAAGCAAACUUUGAUAGACAAAUUAUUUGUUGCUUACAUUGAUUAUUAUUAAAACCUGUUGUGUACAAUGUGAUUAAUUUGAUGAAUCAUCCCUGUACCUUUGAUAAGUUACACAAAGUGUGUGUGUUUCUGAGACGGUUAACAUUUACCUAUACAUAAUAAGUGUACAAAAUAUAUUGCAUGCAUUGCUUGAA